UUAAUUGUUGUCAAAAGCAACUGCGCGACGAAUAAGCUUGUUAUUUUUGGACCACGUCUUGUGGGCCAGCGUAGUAUUCUUUUGUACAUUUCGGUAUUUUAUUAUACCUCUUUCUUGGACAGCAGUUCAUUCCAUAUAAUAGUUAAUUUCAGUAGCCAUCCAUUCCUAUUUUGUCGCAAUUAUUCUUCACCAAUCUGCAUCCCGUAAUCUACUUUAAAAACGGUCACGUUGAUCUUUCGAGUGAAUGAUUACACGGAAUUUCGAUUGACAUACGCACACACUUCUCUUUCCACAAGGUUAAGCUCAGUCAUUUAGCAAUUAGCACGCAUAAACGCCACACACAAAAUGUUCAUUUUGGAUUGGUUGACGGGGGUUCUUGGUUACCUUGGUUUUUCUGUUCCUGUCUGUCGUGGGAGGUUUGCCUUUCUUGGGCUGCCCAACUCUGGCCGGCGUUCACUGCUAAAUGCUGUGCUAAACGAAUGUCUAAUCGAUCCAGUAGAAGCCACGUUACAACCCUCCGAAGAAUUAUCCAUUGGUAACAUGAGAUUUACAACUUUCGAUCUUGGUGGGCAUACUCAAGCACGUAGAGUAUGGAAAGAUUACUUUCCUGCUGUUGACGCGAUAGUUUUCUUGGUCGAUGCCAGCGACAGGUCACGGUUACCUGAAUCCAGAGCUGAACUCGAUGCGCUCCUAACUGAUGAGCAGCUCAGUACUUGCCCCGUUCUUGUAUUAGGUAAUAAAAUUGACAAGCCAGGCGCUGCCUCGGAAGACGAGCUUAGAAACUUCUUCAAUCUUUACGGUCAAACUACAGGAAAGGGAAAGGUAGCGCGCAGUGAUAUUCCCGGACGUCCGCUGGAGCUUUAUAUGUGUUCAGUGCUGAAGAGACAAGGAUAUGGGGAAGGUUUCCGCUGGCUAGCCCAGUACAUUGACUGAGCAUGUGAAAACGAAAUGUAAUAUCACUGACUCCCAAAAACUUCCUCUCUUUUUUACUCGAAUGGUUGUCUUUGUCCUGCGAUUUAUAUUCACCGAAACGCGUCACGAUGAAACAUAAUGUUACGGUAUAAAGAAAUAAUUUUCAGCCCUUAUAUAACUGAUAAAAAAUAGUGACUAGUAAUAUCUGAUAAUUACGUAACUCACUGUUAACAAUCUUAUAGUGAUGGGUUAUAUCCAGGUAAACCAUUUAGAUGUAAUCCACCUAAUAAUAAUUGCCCAUUGAAUGUUUUCGGAAAUACUUUGUAAAUCUUUUGAACAUGCAUGUAGAAUGUUAUGAGUUAAAUUUUGAUCGGAGAUUUAUUAUCUGAAGAAUUUGGCAAUCUCCGCUUUGGAUGAAUUCCCAAGUGCAAUAAUCUCAUAACAUUCUUUCACAUUUAAACAAAUAUCCUUCGGUAAUAGGAGACAAAAAACAAAACAGUAUUCAAAGAAUAUUCAUAGUUCGCCUAUUGUUUUCGAAAAGUCAUUCUAUGAAUAUUCUAUACUUAUUUUGUGCUAGCAGGCAAGGAAUAUCUUCCGCUUGAUUGAGACAACACUUCUGGUAUAAUAGAAAAAUCCGUUUGUCACCCUGUCCUAAAAACUUUCUGAAUCCUACAGACCUCCCAACGUUCUAUCCUACAGAUUUACAUAUUUCAGUGCUAUGGGAUACUGUAACGCUCGUACAAAGCGAUAUAAACCAUUUUGAUAAAUAAAAUACGGAAAAAAAAAAUCAAGUGUCUAUUUAAGAAUCGUAGAUUUCUUAUGAAUUAUUUUGUUCUGUUGCAUGGUCCUUGCAAAAGUCAAAGUUAACAUCAUUUCUAGGAACAUUAAAUUAAAUUAAAACAGAAUCAAUCAUUAAUCAACUUCACCGCCGAGUUUCCAAAGUUUGGCAUAUUUUACUUGUGUUUACUAUAAUUCCAGUAUUCAAAAUGCAAUACGUGUAAAAUUUUUGAACUAGUAUGCGCAUUACUCAUGCAUAACCAGUUCAGCAGUAUCGAAAAUUUUCGUGGAAACUCUGUGAAGUGUAUCAUAAUCGGACGUUAGAUAAUUUUGUAGUUGUAAUAAUGGAAACAUAGGAAAUAUUCAAUUUACUCAACCUUCUUAAGUCUCUCAUAGAGAAAAUAAAUUUAUAAUUAGCAGUUUUUAAUAUAAUAAGACAGUCACAUCAUUUGUCCCCAAACAUCUACUUUAGUACAAGAAAUGCUCUUUUCGGUUUCUCAAUAAUAUGGGUAGACGGAUGCUGUAGUUAUGUCUAUAAAUGCCAAACACUACUGAAUUAUGGCAAUUAAUUCCAUUAUAACCUAGCAAUGUAUUUCCAAAUCCAAUUUGUAAUGUGAUAAAUUAUGCGAAUUGAAAAACAGCUUGCAGCACUUAAUGCCAGGCACAGAGUCACCUUGACUACUUCGGAAAGCCCGCUCGGAGAGAUCCUGGUGGUAAGGUAGUGAUGAAUGCAUCAGGAAAAGUGCCGAAGAAACGAGAAAUACACAGUCUAAUUUACUAUUCUGCCAACUGUAUUCCGAUCGUUUAGACUUCAGCGAUAAAACCUUGCACAAUUGCAUCGAGUUUAUUUUACGUCAUAAUAUUUUCGAUGCAUGUAAUUAGGUGAUGAUUAAUUUUUUCAGUACAUGUAUAGGUAUAAAACUAUAGUAAUCGUAUGGCCUUAUGAAUAAAAAUGUACCAAUUGCUAAAAGUGAAAAUUGAUAGUUGAGGAUCAAAAGGUUAAAUUUUUGAAAUGAUAACACAAUGUGGUAACUAGUAAUGCUUUUGAAAUUAUCGAUUGCACUAUAGUUAUCGAAAUUUGCCUGCCUCAAAUCUUCACUUUCGAAUUCCACUUAUUAUGUACUACGCGCAGUUUUAUCAUUAAUACCGCUUUCUUUCAACGAUAAUGUAUAGUUAGCAAUUCAUGAAACUCAGUUUUCAAUCAAUUCUUCAGUACCGUUUGUUAUCAUUUUUUCUCCAGAUUGAAUAAUUUAUUUUCGUUUUUCUAUCGGACCCGGUGUAAUCUUGAUGUAACCCUGAUGUAAAUAAUUUGUCAUUAUUCUAUGCAUACAUACGUAGCUUGCACAGUGCCAGGCGAGAUCACUGUGUUGUGAUUGUAUUGUCAAUUUCGUUAGAGUUCCAUUGGUAGCAUUAAAAAUGCAACGUAACACACCGUGAUCUCCGAUAUGUAGAUAGAGGAAUGAAUGAACUUAAUUAUUUUCUACUUAAUUGUAGAAAUUAAAAUUAUUAUCAGAAACAAUCGCUUACUUGUAACCAAUUCACAUGUCUAUAAUUUGAAUGUAUUAUCAUUUUAUUCAGUUCCAAUUUUUUAUUUCUUGGUAACAUGGUUUAACAAUGGAUAUAUGAAAAAUACGCAUUCAGACUCGAUCUGAGUGUAAAUUUAAAUGCUAUUACUAGUAAUAUUAAUUGAAAUUGUUCUGUUCGUUGGUUUUUACAUGAAAAAUAAAACAGUUCGCUGAAUUUUUA